ACGGAGUUCCGAGAGAUUACAGGACUAAUACGGUAAUACCUAAGCGAUGGCGACAGCGCUGGUGCGAUCAACUCUUCUUCGAACCGCUCUGCGAGGAGGAGGACGUGGCUCCGCCGUUCCUAGUAGAAACUUCGCUUCCUCUGCUCAUCACGACGAUGCUUACGAGACUGCCAAGUGGGAGAAGAUUACAUAUCUGGGCAUUGCUACCUGCACUGUUUUAUCCAUUUAUAAUCUGUCAAGGAGUCAUCAUUACCAUGAAGAGCCUCCCGGAUACCCAUAUUUACACAUCCGCAAUAAGGAAUUUCCAUGGGGUCCAGAUGGUCUUUUUGAAGUGAAACACUAGCAUCGUUGUCAUGCUCAGGGUUAUUUUGCGGCACCUGUGCUUUUAACCAUUGCUCUUCCCCUGUUGAUGUUAAGACAAUGCCAAUGAUGGCAUUUUCAUAUUCUUUUAUGAAAUUUGAUCUAUAUCUUACGGUACAUAUUAUUUGUUCAUGCUUGUUUCCCAUGCAUUUAAGUAAAAUAAAAUUGCAAUUACAUUCGAUAGUGUAUUUCUGUA